AUGGAUGAGCUCGUUCGCUCUUAUGGCAAGGCUCGUUCAGAUCUCCUCCGAGAACUUUUAGUCCCGUCGGACGAUUUGAUUGCCGAUGUUAACGACUCCAAUGGGAUUAUGAGAACCAGCCUGCACUGUCUCGCUCUCCUCGGCGAUGUCAUGACUCUUUGCCUCCCGUUGUCAGAAGAAGAGGACAGCCUGGUUCCACCAUCACAAUCAACCAGAGAAAAGGAGAAAUCACGACUCACCGACUGGACACACCUUUUAGACCAGUUGUGGAAGUGGCACUCGAGCCGUCCGACGGAAGUCCAAGCUCUGAUUGAAAUCGACGACCACGAAGCCACAUUCCCGACUAUACUCUUCACUAGCUCUGCGGGAAUUUUCGUCAACAUGACUUAUCACGCCGCCAUGCUCCUCCUGCUCGACCAUUGGCCGUCCAACAACUUGCUGGUUCCUUUUUCCUCCAAGGCAGGAGUCGUUGAGACUCAAGUGUCCCCGCUUUGGCACGCUCGUCGUGUAUGCGGCAUUGCCCUGAACAGUGACCCGGAGCACUCAAAGUGCUGGGAUCCGUGUAUGAUCGCUGAAUUUGCACUGGCAGCCCGGCUAACGCCCAACCCAAACCAAAGAAAUGAAUUGCUUGUCUGCCUGGAUAAGGUCCGUAUGGCAGGCUGGCGUGUGGAUGGACUGGUCAGGAGGCUGCGUGAGGAGUGGUCCUAG